UUUCUUCAAGUCUUUUUCAUACAUAUUUCGUAACACUGCAUUGAAUAAAUUCUUAAAAUGCUAAAAUUCAUUUCACGUGGAUGUAUUACUUCGUUAACAUCGAGGGUUUCAAAAUUUCAAUGCGAAAAUCAUCACACAAAACUUUCAAAAUUGUCUGUGAAUAUGGAGACCGUUCCAAGAUUGUUAGCUGACAAAUCCUCAAUUGUAUGGAUGGAUCUCGAGAUGACUGGUUUAAACUCGGUUUCUGACAAAAUAAUCGAAGUAGCUUGUUUGAUUACCGACAAGGAUUUAAAAGUUUUAACAGAGGGUUUGUGCUUUGCUAUUAAACAUCCAAAAGAAGUUUUCGAGCAAAUGAACGAGUGGUGCAUGAAGCAGCAUAACGAAUCUGGUUUAGUUAAAAAGUGCUUGGAAUCCGAUAUAACACCAGAGCGUGCGGAGAAGAUACUUUUGGAUUACCUACAGAAACAUAUUCCUGAGGGUAAAUGUCCAUUGGCUGGUAAUUCUAUAUAUAUGGACAGGCUAUUUCUACGCCACCACAUGCCAUCCGUUGAUAAUUACCUGCAUUACCGUGUUAUCGAUAUCUCAAGUAUAAAGGAAUUGUGCCGUCGAUGGAGAUCCGACUUAAUAAAAUCGGCUCCCGAAAAACGUUUAUUGCAUCGAAGCUUAGAAGACUUACAAGAUAGUAUUGAAGAGUUAAAAUAUUACCGAGAUAAUUUUUUUAAAACUGUAUAGUUCGUACAAUCUGCAAUAUUUUUAAGUUAGCUUUGUAUUAAGCGUAAACAUUUGGGUGUCAAUAAAAAACAUACACACAUUGUGAAAACUGUA